UGCUCGAUGCUGUCCACUGCUGGGUCUAAUAAUUUCGACGCUUGUGCGCCAUGGCUUCAACAAGCCCAAGCUGAAGCCAAGGUUCCCAAACUCGCCGCAUGCUGGCGAAAGUCUAUUUGUUCCUGGUUUUAAAUAUGCAGCUACGCCGUUGAAAAGGAGGAAGAACCGUCACUGGGACUGAGUGAACUGGCAUUGACUGGCCUGCAGCGAUGGCCUUUGAUUCUUCCUCCAACGACCGAGGCCUCGCCCUGGUCCGGGGCAUGUGGGCUGCCAUCGCCAUCGCUGCGUUCAUCCUCAUCUUACGAGUGUUUGCAAAGUUCAAACUGCGCCAGUUCCGCUUCGAUGAUGUGCUGAUGAUCGUGUCCUGGGCCAUGACCCUGGCAGCAACCGUGCUGCUGCAGAUGUCCGUCGAUCACGGCUUCGGCACCGACCUGACGAAACUGGAGUAUCCCGACCUCAAGGUGGUGCUGAAGGCGAUUGCGAUCGAGAUCCCCCUCGUCACCAUCGGCACUGGCUUCGCCCGCUGUGCCUUUGCCCUGUAUAUCAUCGCCAUCCUGGGCAACAAACGCGCGCAUACUAUCGCCCUGUGGACCGUCAUGCUUCUUCAGCUGGCCGGGAACAUUGUAUCGGGCGUCCUGCCUCUCAGUAUCUGCCGGGACGUGCGUAUAUUAUGGGAUCCAACCGUUAAGACAACAUGCGGUGACAACGUGGCCGUUAUAAAAUUCGCCUACUUCUCAUCUGCCGUCAACGCAGCAGCAGACCUCUUCCUCGCCGUCUUCCCCACAGUGAUCUUCUGGAACCUCAACCUACGCCUGCGGAUCAAAAUCAGUCUAAUCAUCCUAAUGAGCCUGGGCAUCCUGGCCAUGAUCGCCGUGAUCAUCAAGUCCACCAAAUACGGCGAUAUCCCGGGCAUCACGAACCUAGGCUCCCACGGCGGCAUCGAGCUCAUCCGCUGGGGCUACGCGGAGAAUCUAAUCAUCAUCAUCACCUCAUCCGUGCCCUGUAUCCGGCCGCUGCUUAUCUCGUCCGUGCGGAAACUAUCCAGUGCAGCGCGGUCGCGGUCUUAUGAACUCAGCGGACCUUUCUCGGGGAAUAAGGGCGUGCAGUCGAAGACGUCGAGGAAUAACCACUCCAGUGGACGUUCCGAUAACAACGGGUACGAGGAGGAGGAUCUCCCCGAGGAGACGGAUAGUAUCGAGCGGAUUUUGCAAGAUGCAGAGACGGCGGAGCGCAAUCGAGAGUUGCGUAGGGGCAUCACGAAGCAGGUUGAUAUCUCGGUGAUGUCGACCAAUAGUCGGUCUGAGGGGGGUGGGAAUCAAUCGCCUUAUUGAUUGUCACUGGAUGAAUGAAUGUAAUGAGUCUACUUUAUUUACUUCUUAGACUAGACCUUUGACUUGUAUAUAUUCACUUCUACCUUCUUUGUUGCUGUGAACUAUCUUCAUUGUGGUAGCUGACCUUCACAACUGCUUCUCUGUAUAAAAUGAUACCUCAAUCUUGCAAUCUCUACUUUACUUU